CGCGGGGGCGGUGUCCAGCCCCGCUGGCUUGCAGCGCUGGAAGAGUCCGGGGCGGCGUGAUGAGUGCUGAGGCCUCAGGCAGCGGGCUGGAGCUUCGGGAGCUCGUGCGUGAGGCGGAAACCAGCUUGCUCGAGUGCAAGGUGUGCUUUGAGAGGUUCGGCCACCGCCAGCAGCGGCGCCCGCGCAACCUGCCCUGCGGCCAUGUGGUCUGCCUGGCCUGCGUGGCCGCCCUGGCGCACCCACGAACGCUGGCCCUCGAGUGCCCCUUCUGCCGGAGAGCCUGCCGGGGCUGCGACACCAGCGACUGCCUGCCAGUGCUGCACCUCCUGGAGCUUCUGGGCUCCGCACUUCGCCCGGCCCCGGCAGCCCACCGCGCCGCCCCCUGCGGCCCCGGGGCCCUCACCUGUCACCACGCCUUCGGAGGCUGGGGAACCCUGGUUAACCCCACUGGGCUGGCGCUGUGUCCCAAGACCGGACGGGUAGUGGUGGUGCAUGACGGCAAGAGGCGGGUCAAGAUCUUUGAUUCCGGGGGAGGAUGCGCUCAUCAGUUUGGAGAGAAGGGGGAAGCAGCCCAGGACAUUAGGUACCCACUUGAUGUCACCGUCACCAACGACUGCCAUGUGGUUGUCACCGACGCUGGCGACCGCUCCAUCAAAGUGUUUGAUUUUUUUGGCCAGAUCAAGCUUGUCAUUGGAGGCCAGUUCUCCUUGCCUUGGGGUGUGGAGACCACUCCUCAGAAUGGGGUCGUAGUAACUGAUAUGGAGGCAGGGUCCCUGCACCUUCUGGAAGUGGACUUUCUGGAAGGGGUCCUCCGAAGAACAGAAAGGUUGCAGGCUCAUCUGUGCAAUCCCCGAGGGGUGGCGGUGUCUUGGCUCACCGGAGCCAUCGCGGUCCUAGAGCGCCCCCUGGCCCUGGGGACCGGGGCCUGCAGCACCACGGUGAAGGUGUUCAGCGCAAGCAUGCAGCUAAUCGGCCAGGUGGAUUCCUUUGGGCUGAGCCUCUUCUUCCCCUCCGAAAUAACUGCUUCUGCUGUGACCUUCGAUCACCAGGGGAAUGUGAUUGUCGCCGAUACUUCUAGUCAAGCUGUCCUAUGCUUAGGGAAACCUGAGGAGUUUCCAGUACUGAAGCCCAUCAUCACUCAUGGUCUUUCCCAUCCUGUGGCACUGACCUUCACCAAGGAGAAUUCUCUUCUUGUGCUGGACAGUGCAGCCCAUUCCAUAAAAGUCUACAAGGUUGACUGGGGGUGAUGGGUCCUGGGUCUUGGAAUCAGAAGCCCCGGAACUGCCACUAAUGAAUAGUUUAACCCUGGAUAAAUUACUUAAUCUCAUCUAUCCAAUAGGGAUUAUUAUAACUGCCUGGCAUACUUUCAAAGGCUGAGGUAGUUAUUAGAGAAUAAAAAUGAAAUCUACCAGUUAUUGAAUAUGUAUUCCUUGUGCUAAGAAAUUGCAAAUAUUAGUUCAUUUCACCCUUAAGAACUACCUAAAGAGGUAACUUCUAUUGUUAAUCCCAUUUUAGAGAUGAGAAAAUUGAGACCGAGAGCUGAAGUGACUUACCGAAGGUCACACUUACUAUAACAAUCACACUGGAACUCAAUUCUGACUCCAAAACCCUUUGCUCUUCAAUAAGAUAAUAGAUGUAGGGGGAAAUAUAUGUGAAUGUAUAUUGUUGCUAUGUGUACACUAUUUAUAAGUAGCCAUUUAUUUUAGCUGGGUGCACAGAUAAAGAAGACUUUAUAGAAAGUUUAAGAGAAAAAGGGUUUGUGGUGGGCAUCAAUUUAGUUCAACUGGCAUCUUCUCUGAUGGCACAUUGGAUGGAGUUAAUGUGGAUCCCGAGUUACUUGAAUAAGAAAAACAAUUGAACUGCUUAUUCAGAAGGUAAAUGUGUCUUCUAGUACCUAUAUUUCCCCCAAUGUAAACACUCAGGAAAUAGUACUUGGUUGGUUGAGAAAGGCCUGUGUUUGUGUAAGCUGUAAACUACUGCAGAACACACAACAUUUAUACCAGUGUUAGAGGUCUAGAUAAUAUUCCUGUUACGUGUUUAUGCUAAUACAGAGAUAAGCCACCACAAUUGGUUCACGGUAAAAAUGAUUUUGCUGGCCUUUUUAUAAUCAGGGGUAACCUGAAACACUUUUGUGAUGGGGUUUUUCCUCUGUGAAAUUUAAAUUUGUCCCUAGUGCUGCAAACACUAUGUACUCAGUUCAUACUUCCCUUGAUGCUAAGUCCGCAUUUAGGCCACUGGUAAACCCUGAAAUACUUCUUGAGUUGAACUGUAUAGCCUUGACUCAAAUAACACCUGCUUAAUGUUGCAAUUGAUUAAACAAAUGGAAAUUUCA